CCGGGACGCCAUUUUCGGCGGCGGAGCGGGCGCUGGGAGUGUACGGGGUUCGCGGGCCGGCGGCCAGGGAUGCAGCGGGACGGCCGCGGAGGCGCUCCUCGCUGGUGACCGCGGCGCCGCAUCUCGGGCGGCCGCUCCCAGCCGACAGCGCGAGCGAGCGCGGCCCUCCGAACGGACGAAUGUAUGACAACAUGUCCACAAUGGUGUACAUAAAGGAAGACAAGUUGGAGAAGCUUACACAGGAUGAGAUCAUCUCCAAGACCAAGCAAGUAAUUCAGGGCCUGGAGGCUUUGAAGAAUGAGCACAACUCCAUUUUGCAGAGUUUGCUGGAGACACUGAAGUGUCUGAAGAAAGAUGAUGAGAGCAACCUGGUGGAGGAGAAAUCCAACAUGAUACGGAAAUCACUGGAGAUGCUAGAGCUCGGCCUGAGUGAGGCGCAGGUUAUGAUGGCCUUGUCAAAUCACCUAAAUGCUGUUGAGUCAGAGAAACAGAAACUACGUGCGCAGGUUCGUCGCCUGUGCCAGGAGAAUCAGUGGCUGCGGGAUGAGCUGGCCAACACACAACAGAAGUUACAGAAGAGUGAGCAGUCUGUGGCUCAGCUGGAGGAAGAAAAGAAACACCUGGAAUUUAUGAACCAGCUCAAAAAGUAUGACGAUGACAUUUCCCCCUCGGAGGACAAGGACACCGAUUCUGCCAAAGAGCCCCUAGAUGAUCUCUUCCCAAAUGACGAGGAUGAGCCAGGCCAAGGAAUCCAGCAGCAGCAUAGCAGUGCUGCCGCUGCUGCCCAGCAAGGCGGCUACGAGAUCCCGGCGCGGCUACGCACACUCCACAACCUGGUGAUCCAGUAUGCCUCGCAGGGGCGCUACGAGGUGGCUGUGCCGCUCUGCAAACAGGCCCUGGAGGAUCUGGAGAAGACUUCAGGCCAUGACCACCCUGAUGUGGCCACCAUGCUCAACAUCCUGGCCCUGGUGUACAGGGAUCAGAACAAAUACAAAGAUGCAGCGAAUCUGCUGAAUGAUGCCUUGGCCAUCCGUGAGAAGACGCUGGGCAAGGAUCACCCUGCGGUGGCUGCAACCCUGAAUAACCUCGCUGUCCUGUAUGGUAAACGAGGGAAGUACAAAGAGGCCGAGCCAUUGUGUAAGAGGGCCCUGGAGAUCAGAGAAAAGGUUCUAGGAAAGGAUCACCCUGAUGUUGCUAAGCAGUUAAAUAACCUGGCCUUACUGUGCCAGAACCAGGGCAAAUAUGAAGAAGUAGAAUAUUAUUACCAGAGAGCCCUGGAGAUCUACCAGACAAAAUUGGGACCCGACGACCCCAAUGUGGCCAAGACGAAAAACAACCUGGCAUCCUGCUACCUGAAACAAGGAAAAUUCAAGCAAGCAGAAACAUUGUACAAAGAGAUUCUCACUCGUGCACAUGAGCGGGAGUUUGGUUCUGUGGAUGAUGAAAACAAGCCCAUCUGGAUGCACGCUGAGGAAAGGGAAGAGUGCAAAGGAAAGCAGAAGGACGGGUCGUCUUUUGGAGAGUACGGAGGCUGGUACAAAGCCUGCAAAGUUGACAGCCCGACUGUUACAACUACUUUGAAAAACCUUGGAGCACUUUACCGACGUCAAGGGAAAUUUGAAGCUGCAGAGACAUUAGAAGAAGCCGCCAUGAGGUCUCGUAAACAGAGAGUGGCUGAAGUGCUAAAUGACCCUGAGAACAUGGAGAAGCGGAGGAGCCGGGAGAGUCUCAAUGUGGACGUGGUCAAGUACGAGAGUGGCCCUGACGGAGGGGAGGAAGUGAGUAUGAGCGUAGAGUGGAACGGGAUGAGAAAGAUGAAGCUCGGGCUGGUUAAGUGACUUGCUCAGCGUGAGCCCCAUGGCCUAGCCGCCCGUGUGCCUCUCACACUGCUCCUGCAUGACGGGUGGCGCCUUCUCCGGCUUCCCUCUCUCUUCAGUGCUGCCCGCUGUGUCUAGCAGCCCCUAGGAGCUUGUCAGAGCUGCACCUCUGUGACUGGCCAUUCCUCUCGGUGCUGCUGUCCUCUUGGGGGCUCCUGAUUUCUGUAUACAUGUAGCUUUGCCAGAUAUGUAUUUAGUAAUAAGAACUGUAUUAAUAAAAUCCAUUUACUGUGUAAUACACAAGUUCAAAAAUUAAGAGCGAUUAGCUGUUCACUCUGAUUCCAGGUAGUUAGAAGUGUCGCACAGGAGUUACCAUGGUGGCAUGACGGUGACCUGUGGACAGUGGCGAGCUGUAGGAGUAGGGCAUGUGCUGCACGUCCCCCUUGUGCUAGAGGCCUGGCGGGGCCCUGCAGGGCCUCCAGGACACGCUGCAGUAGUUUGCUGUGUAGUCUUGUGUGAAGUUUAGCGAUUCUGCUCUGCUCUACUAAUCCUCAAGUGCUCAGUGACGUGUGUAUUUGUGUCUUUCUAACUUCUAAUAAACUCACUCCGGCUGACCUGUGUCCUGCGUCUGUCUGCUGGGUCCRUGAGCGCCGUGCUGCAGAGCCCCUGAGCCACGGGUCCCUUGGGUCCCACCGAGGGGCUGUUCUCAGAAUAAACGUCGCUGUUCACACACAUUUCCUUCUGUGUCUGAUUUCUGUUGGGUUCUGUCAGGAGUUCAUUCCUAGUGUCUGAGCUGGUCACGGUGCCAGGUGGUCCCUCUUUACUUGCUUUCUUCAGGGUGUCUGAGGAUGUUUAGUUAUUUGUAGAAAAUGAACAUUGCACCUAAUUUUCUCACUACAUUGAUACCGACAUUGAAGGAGACCCUUCUGUUUGCUGGGUGCUGCCUGUAGCUGGAAGGGUCCAGAGGAUUCACUGUCUAGACCAGAUGUUCACCUGUUUAUUGAACACGGGAUUUGAUUUUGGUGACAUUCCUCAAAGCUGCCCUAGUUUCCUAAAGUGUGUGUUGUCCUUGUCUCAGGGCAGCAAUCUAAUUGACUUGCCUUGGGGAAUGUGAUGGCUUGGUUUCUGUGAGCUGCUCCACACUCAAGGGGUCUCACCACCAUUGGCUCAUCUGUAAUGAAACUGCACGUGGAUGGAUUUCUGUGCCCACGGCCAGUUGGUGGCUUCUCAGGACUAGAAUGGCUGGGCUGAGCUGGGUGGGCUGGGCGGGCUGG